AUGCCUAUGAUAUUUUCAGAACACAUGGAACAGUACGAUCUCGAAAUCGUGUUUCCUCAGCCUGGACCCUUUACUACGAUGCACAGCGCAGACGUUGAUGUCGUCGCCAUCCACGGCCUCAAUAUUGAGGCCCGCUAUCUUGUUCAUAGAGACACUUGGUCCUACAAGGGCAAGGUUUGGCCCAGAGAUAUCCUCCCUAGCUGCUUUGGCAAACAUUGUCGAGUCAUGCUCUUCUCCUACAACGACGGUCUCUCUGUUAAUGACGAAGACACGCAAUUCACAAAGCAUGCCGACCGCCUUCUCCGCCUUCUCAUGGAGAAGAGAAAGGAAGACCCAACAAGACCACUUGUUUUCAUCUGCCACGAUGUAGGUGGACUUAUUGUCAAGGAGGCGCUUGCCAAGGCUCACUUGGAUAAGUCGGGCACCAUCAUCUCCAUCGAUCAGUUUACUCGACUACUGGUCUUCUUCAACACCCCCCAUCAUAACGUUGCCAAGUCUGUGCGCACUAUUGCCAGUGCUGCUGUGCGUCCCACUCCCCCCGAGGUCUUGGAUAUGCUCGAUAAGGCCUGCAACGAGCACGUUGAGCGUCUCGCGCCUCUUGAGCAACGAGGACGCCUUUACCGCAGACGACUAGUCAUCAAUUUCCAUGCAUGCAACUGGUACCGCGGAAAACACCUUCUUGUCGAAAAGGAAGAUACCAUGUGUAAUGUUAGGCAUGAGUACUGGGAGAAGCAUUUUACCGUUUACGGUGAUCACAUCUCCAUGUGCAAGUUCCCAUCAAGCGACGAUGUCACUUGCGAGACUGUGUUGAAGACGAUUGGCCUCAACACAUAUCUUGCCAUGCAAAUGGUUUGCUAGACGCGGCACAUUUGCAAGAGUACAGCCUCUUUUUGCGGCCCUUUGACCAUCGUCUCCCCUCUCGUCACCGGCCGAUUCUGCAAUACUGUUCAUUGCCUAUUAAGUAGGUGUCUGGAGAAAGUUUUCAAUAAUGGGUGUGGGAAGCAGCUAGUUUAGAUUGGUAUCGAACCUAGCCUUGGUUUUAAGGAAUUCGUAAGUGUUUGGAUUUGGUGGAAAGCAAUAAAGAAAUU